AACCGGCCACAAUAGGCAGUGGGAGUGGACGAGCACGAGCCGAGCGGGCGGUGUGUCUUCACGGGAUUCACCGCCGUCCACCCCUCACCGUGUCCGAACCCCCACCUCCCCUGCCCUCCCCCCUCGGUUUGGGAGCAGGAGCCGGGCGCCUGGGAGCUGGAUGUAUUGAUCUGUUUGGUCGCAGUGCUUUUCCGGCGGCUCCUCCAUGCGUCAGCUCCGGGGAUGGAUCAGGAAUCCGCUGCGGCGUCUGCGGGCAGUUUAAUCUCCCUGAACGAACAUGAGCAGAGGUAUUACUCAGGUCUCCACGCGCUGUGUCAGGCUGCUGCUGCUGCUGCUGACGCUCCGGGGAAACUGUCCUCCAGCAAAGUGGCGGAGCUGUUCAAGGCGUCUCAGCUACCUCCAGAAUGCCUGCAUAAAGUGACAGAAGUGUGUGGAGCCAAGCAUUUGGGUUACUUUGGUACCCCCCAGUUCUACGUCGCCCUGAAGCUUCUCGCAGCCGCACAGUCUGGCCUUCCUGUCCGCCUGGAGAGCAUAACUGCCAAUCUACCUCUGCCCAGAUUUGCUGGGCUCAAGAACGAGCCGGAGAUGCGAUACACUGUGGCUCCUUCCAGCACAGACGCUCCGGCUGCUCUGUGUGGGUUGGCCCCUGGUUCUGUCCCGUGGACUCCAGCAGAACGAAGCACCUUCAGACACCAGGAUAUCAGUGCAGACAAAAAGGAACUGUGGUCACCACCCCACUCACCAUGCAGCUCCCCACCUCGCUCCCCACAGACGUACUGCAGCUACCCAUACACCAAGCAGAGAAAUGGAGUGGACCCACAGAUCACUUCUGAAAGCUUAUCUUGUCCACGACCCAUUGUUCAGCUGGAGCAGCACUCCUCGCCCAGCCAUUACCUGAGCAAUCCCAGCGUGGAGCAUCCCGCCAAGCUUCAGACCUCCUCAGAGAGACUCGGUCAGCAGAGCACAGUGGAUUAUUCUGAUGAUGACCCCUGGAGGAUCACAGCAGAACAGCUGGAGUAUUACACAAAUCAAUUCAAAAGCCUGCAGCCUGAUCUGGGGGCCCUGAUCCUGGGAGCUGUAGUGAAAAACUUCUUUACUAAAUCCAAGCUCCCAAUCCCAGAGCUGUCCCAUAUUUGGGAGUUGAGCGACGUGGACAGAGACGGAGCGCUGACCUUCACAGAGUUCUGCAUCGCCUUUCACCUGAUUGUGGCGCGCAAAAAUGGCUACCCUCUCCCAGAGAGCCUCCCGCCCACGCUGCAGCCGGGCUUCGUGCAGCAGGAAGAGGACGUACCCGACACCCCCGAGAGCUCAGAGCCUUUGAUAGUUUUCGAGGAUGCAGAGCCGAGGCCGUGUCCCAGGGAGCGAAGCUUUGCAGAGAGGCUCCAGCUGAGCUCAGGCACGAGCAAACAAGAGCAAGAAGAAAAAUCCAUUGAAGAAGAUUUGGGUGUGAAAAGCUCGGCUCAGGACAAGCAGACUCUACAGCUGGGAGAGUUUCCUGAGAGGCCAGCAGAGCUGCUGCACGAGUUAGACUCACAGAUGAGGACAAAAACCAGACCCAGGUCUUACUCCAGCACGUCUAUUGAAGAUGCCAUGAAGAAGGCGGAGGAACCGCCCACCCCACCUCCUCGCCCGCAGAAAACCCACUCCAGAGCCUCGUCUCUGGAUCUCAACAAGCUUCUCCAGCAGGGCACUCCAGGGGUAAAAAGUGGAUGGUUGUUGCCUCCAGCCCUGCCUCCCAGACCGUCCACCUCCCAGGUUCCUCAUUUUCUCAACGUUUCAGACAAAGUUUCCCAGAACAAGGUGCAGCAGCCCAACUUUGCUGACUUCAGUCACUUCAGAGAAGAGGAAGAGAGCACUGUGAAACCUGAAGAUCAGGCUCCAGGUUCUACGUUUGGUCCAAGUACUGAGGAUUUAAACAGUUCAAAGCAGGACACCUCCGGUGCUUCUCACAAUCAGGUGCCCCCGAAGCCCAUUCGAAGGAAAUACCACCCAGAGGGCCAAAACCUGGAGACCGGACCACCACCGGCCAUGCCRUUGCCACCGCCUGCAAGACCGAGCCAAAAGCUGCUGUCCCGGCAGAAGAGAGAAAUCCAGAUGGCGAUCCGUAAGAACAGGGAGACCAACGCUGUCCUGACACGCCUCAACAGUGAGCUCCAACAGCAGCUGAAGGUGGUUCACAAGGAGAGGGUCACCUUGGAAUCCCAGCUGGAGCUCCUGCGACCCCUGGCCUCGACAUGAUGACCCCGAGCCCCCACCCCCAACGAGUUUCACCCUCAAGUGUUACAGCUGUCAAACAAAACGUUGUCUUAUUCACAGAAACACUGAGCAAAUCUUAAAGGGCUGAUAAAGAAGCAAAAAGUACCACGCUGACUCGACAAACAGGGAUGUAAUUAGACCCUAAUCAGGAACCCCUGUCUUCUAUCUGUUUCUUUUAAUGAAUAAAUGGUUUUCUUUUAAUCACUGUGUUUAAAAAGCCUGUUAAUUGUGACAUCCUAACUUAUUUUCUGUUUUGAUAUCCUGUUAUGUUCUUAAUGUAAAUCUUGUUUGCAGAACGUUUGCACAAAUUGCCUAGAGUCUGGUGAGUCUUUCUUGUCCUGUCAUAACCACGAGCAACUUCUUUUAUUCAGAAUAUAAAGUACAUUUCAUUUUUUGCCACAUCUGAAGUAAAUCACAGUGAGACAGAUUCCUUUUUAAAUCUUAUGCAGUUUGCACUUAAAGAAAAAAAAACAUAAAUGCACAUUUGUACCAUUAGGAUUUGCAAAAAUAAAAAUAUGCAUAAACACUUGGGAUUUUAGGCCUGCGGAUAAGAACGCUGCAGAAUGUGGACACAUUUUGACCCCUGAUUUGGAUGAAAUGUGUGCGUUGUACUUGAAAAGUCUUUUAAAUAAUCCAUUCACUGUGGUGAAGGUUUUUGGGAAAUUUUAAUUUAAUUUGUGAGUUUGAAACACUGAAACAGGAAGAAGAGACGUGAGCACAACAUUCUGUUGUUUGUGUGUUKUUUUUUGUUUGUUUUUGUUUUUUUGGACAUUUCCAGAUGUAGGUUUGACUUUCAGCUUGCUUUGUUCCACAUGAUUGAUGGGUAAAGACCUGAUGGCAUGUCUGAUUCUGCAUGUUUGCUGCCAUGUUGUAAACUGGACUGUAAAUGAACUUGAAAUUAUUCACAACUGCGCUCUGGGCUUAAAAUGCCAAACUGAACAGUCAAUAAAGUUCUUUAUUUUUAUUGCCUGAA